CAGACUGAGAGGGCUGUACAUGUCUUUGAGUCCCCAGCUCAGGAAGAGCUCCAGGCGAAAGUCUCGGGUGGUCUUUCUGGGAACCUCGGAGGGGGAUACUCCGGCCCGCCUUCCCCUGCUGCCGCAAAAGGAGAGCCGGGAUUAGCCCCUAAAUUCCCAGGAGGAGGGGGCCGAAGGCCAGGCAGAGAGUCCGGCUGCCCCAAGCCCUGCUGGCCGGGGAAGGCGAGGGGCUGAGGAGAGCAGGGCCCCAGGGGAUGGAGCGGGGUUCCCACAAAAAGGCGGGAGACAGAAAGGAAGGAAGGGGGUCCCGGAGACACCGCCAGGACCACGGUGAAAGAAAGAGGACCCUCCACACAUACAACACCCACAACACACACACACCCUUCGAGGGGAAGCCCUCUCCUUGACGGGAAUUGGGGGGGGGGGCUUCUUGUGAAGGCGCGCCGAAGAGGGAAAGUUUGUGUACCGGCCGCUAUUCUGUUACAAUGCCCCCCCGGAAAGGAACCCCUGGCCGCCUCUCCGGAGGGGGCUGGCAGCAGAAAGGGCGCCCCAUUGCCGGCUUUGUCUCGAGGGACUGGAGCCUGGGAGAGAGGGAGGGGGACGCCAUGCCGCCCUCGCCUCCUCCUCCUCCUCCUCCUCUUCCCCCAAGGCCCCCGGCCUCAAGGUCCCCCAAGGGAAGGUUUGGGACAACCUCCGCAAAGGGGGCACCUGGGGUGCUUCCCCCCCCUGCCCCCCAAAAAUAACUUUCUCAGAGGACUUUGAGAAAACGGUGCAGUAAAAGUCGAACGUAGUUCUGCUUCCCCUUUUUCGGUUCGUGAGGGAGACUGGGCUCCCCGGCCCCCCUCUCCCGCUUCCUCAAGGAGCAGCCUCGCCUUCAGGGACUGGAGCAGGGGCCGCUCCUUUCCCCCUUGCCGCCCCCGUCCUCCUAACAAACGUCUGCCUGCUUUUGAGAGCCUCUCCAGGCCUCCCCGACUUCUGUCGGCCCCGAGGCUCUCUGGGCACCCUGGGUCCCGAGGGGGCUUGCCCUGGCCUUCCCCCGGAGGAGGCUGAGAGAGUGUGACUGGCCCGGGGCCACGCCGGGCUCCCAGCUUAAACCGAGAGGCGGCCGGGAGGGGGCCCGAGGGGAGCCCCGGGGUCCCAGGGCCAAAGGAGGGGGAGCCAAGACACCAGGAGCAGCCGCUGGAGGAAGGAAGGAAGGAAGGAGGAAAGGGGGAGAGAGGACGAGGGAGCGGAACUCCGGCAGAGCGGGAGGAAGGGAGGGAAGAGAGGAGAAGCCAAGCAGGGCCAAGGCGGAGGGGCUGCGGAGGGGCUCCUGCGGCCCUUGGCUUUCCCUGCCCCCCUUCCCCUCCCCCUGCCCCCCUCUGUCUAACGCCUGGCUGUUGUGAUGCGUGUUCCCGUAGAUCCCAGCACCAGCCGGAGGUUCAGCCCCCCUUCCAGCAGCCUCCAGCCCGGCAAGAUGAGCGAAGUCAGCCCCGCGGCGGUCUCCCAGCAGCAGCAGCACUCCCACCCGCAGCAUCCGCACCCACAACCCCAGCAGCAGCAGCAGCAGCAACAUCCGCACCCAGAGGCGGCCUCGGCGCCCGGGGCCCCUCCGCGGCAGCUCCGCCCGCACGACAACCGGAGCAUGGUGGAGAUCAUCGCCGACCACCCGGCGGAGCUGGUCCGCACCGACAGCCCCAACUUCCUCUGCUCCGUGCUGCCCUCGCACUGGCGCUGCAACAAGACCCUCCCCGUCGCCUUCAAGGUGAGUGACCCCCGGUCCCCGGCCUCCUUUCGGGUCUCUUCCCCUGACUGCCUGCCUUCCUUGAACAUUGGAAGGGAAACCUCUUCCCUGGCAGAUGCCCUCCGUCUUUAG